CUUGUUGUUAUAUUUUGGUUUCCUCACACAAUCUUCAUCCACCAUGGCUGCCAACGAUGACAAGAUCCUUGCCGCCUCGGCGAAACACCCCAUUGUCCCUCUCCCUUCUGGCAGUGCCUACAAAUAUGGCACUGCUGGUUUCCGCAUGGCCUCCGACCUCCUCGACGGCGUGACCUUCCGGGUCGGCCUUCUGGCUGCUCUGCGAAGCCGCAAACUGGGCGGUGCCACCAUCGGCGUCAUGGUCACAGCCAGCCACAACCCGGCCAAGGACAAUGGCGUCAAGGUUGUCGACCCGAUGGGUGAGAUGCUCGAGCAGGAGUGGGAGUCUCACGCCACCAAGCUGGUCAACAGCCCCUCCGACAAGGACCUCCUCGAGGCAUACAAGGCUCUGGCGACCCAGCUCAAGAUCGAUCUCAAAGCCCCCGCCAAGGUCGUGUACGGCCGCGAUACCCGCCCUUCGGGUCACACCCUCGUCACUGCCCUUGCUGAUGCCCUCGAGGCCACUGGCACCGAGUUCGUCGACUACAAGAUCCUGACCACCCCCCAGCUCCACUACCUGACCAGGGCCACCAACACGGAGGGCACCCCCGAGUCCUAUGGAGAAGUUAGCGAGGCCGGAUACUAUAAGAAGUUUGCUGAUGCCUUCGUGCAUGCCCUGAAGGGCCGAAAGAUCAAGGGAACUCUGUCUGUCGACUGCGCCAACGGAGUAGGGGGUCCUAAACUGAGCGAAUUCCUCAAGUAUAUUCCCAAGGGCAAGGUCCCCUUCGACGUUAAGGUGGUCAAUGACGAUGUGCUGCGGCCUGAGGUGUUAAACCUGGAGUGCGGUGCCGACUUCGUCAAGACGAAGCAGCGAGCUCCUCCACACCCCAGCCCCAAGCCCGAGCUACGAUGCUGCUCCCUGGACGGCGACGCCGACCGCCUGAUCUAUUACAGCACCAAGACCGAUGGAAGCUUCUCUAUGCUCGAUGGCGACCGCAUUGCCACCCUGGCCGCGUCGUUCAUUGCUGAUCUGUCCCGCUCCGCCGGCAUCGAGAACGACCUACGCAUCGGCGUUGUCCAGACAGCUUACGCCAACGGCGCCAGCACACGAUACAUCCAGGAGAACCUGCGGCUGCCGGUCGUCUGCACGCCUACGGGUGUGAAGCACCUGCACCACGCCGCGUGCAACUUCGACGUGGGUGUCUACUUCGAGGCCAACGGACACGGUACUGUGCUCUUCUCCAACGACGCCAUGCGCACGUUCCGUGAGAAGGAACCCCAGUCCCCUGCACAGAAGGACGCUCUCGAGACGCUUGCCGCCGUAGGCAACCUCGUCAACCAGACUGUGGGCGACGCUAUCUCCGACAUGCUGUUGGUGGAGGUCAUCCUCGCACACAAGGACUGGACCCUCCAGGACUGGGAGAACACCUACACCGACCUUCCCAACCGGCUGGUGCGCGUCGAGGUGGGCGACAAGGACCUGUUCCAGACUACGGAUGCGGAGCGCCGACUCUCGCACCCGCCCAGAGCGCAGGAAGAGAUCGACGAGCUGGUCAAAAAAUACACCAGCGCGCGGUCCUUUGCACGGGCCUCGGGCACAGAGAACGCAUGCCGUGUCUAUGCGGAGGCCGCCACGCGUGCCGAGGCUGACGAGCUGGCUAAGAAGGUUGCGGUCGUGGUAGAGCAUUACGGAGGCGGGCGGGCGGCUGCGGCGGCGCCGUCGGUGUAGAGCAGUGACGGGUCACGGCUGAUCUCGCCGCUCCCGUCUGGGGCCCCACGCAGGGAGGCCCUCGGUCGAAGGUAUGGGCCUUACAACAACGCAAAGGCAAUGCAUGGUUGGUUCAGACAGAUCUCAUGGUACUCCUAUGAGCAGGAUGCCAUUGCUGUGGCAGAGGCACGGGGAUUUGUGCAGUUCGGGCGGUCACCAAGACUGCUGCCGUUUCACACCCCCCCUCCGAUCGAUCUCGGAGAGGGCGUGUAUGAUGACGAUGAUGAUAUUGUAGAGUGCUCAUCGGACGAUAAUGCUGAGCCCACGAUGUUUU